GUUACCCACCGUCUGCGAUAUUCUUCAGUGAUUGGUAACUGCAUGAGUUUUGUCGAUUUUUCAAGUCGGUGCAUAUCUCCAGAAGACGUAGAGGUUUCAACAGAAGAAGGAAAAUACGACCAUGGAAGUUCCAGAGAAAGUGUUCGUGAGUAGAAGGAGGGCCAGUGUAAUGGAAAGAAAGAUGGAAGAAACAUUUUGCAAAGAUUUAAAGCGCGAACGGAGAUCAGGAAGCGUAGCCGUGAUGACAGAAUCUUUCCAGAAUUUGCCAUCUGUUGACAACGGCUUAACGCCGUUAAUGUUGGCUGCCCGUGACAACAAGCACAACAUCGUGGAAAAGUUACUUGAACUGGGCGCCGUGGUCACAGACAAGGACAAGGGGGGCCGCUCAGCUCUUCAUUAUGCAGCAUGUUCUGGCUCUGACGGUAUUGUUAAACUUCUUCUCUCUAAGAAGUCGGAUCCGACACUUCCAGCCGGGCCUGAGGAGCAACUUCCACUGCACAUCGCAUGCAGCCGACCAUCUGGAGCUUUGGAGAUUGUUAAAACUCUACUAAAGGCCACUGGAAAGGAUGCCAAACUCCUCACUGACAAAAGCGGGUCGAUCCCACUGUACCUUGCGAUCAUGGCAGGAAAUCAACAAGUAGUGAAAGAGCUACUCAGUUCCCAAACUGAACAGCAAGUGAAGAUCACCAGAGGGAUUAACGGAGACACCGUGUUGCAUGCUGCUGUACGCAAAAGGGAGAUUGAUAUCGCAAAGAUUCUUGUCGAAUGUGGUUGUCCUGUGGACCUCCAAAACUCCGAAGGCCAGACAGCUCUUCACAUCGCUGCUUACGAAGGAGAUGAAACAAUGAUCAAGUUUCUCCAAGCAGCUCGAGCUGAUGCGAAUAUCGCGGAUUCACACGACCGCACACCACUUCACCUGGCGGCUCAACGAGGUCACUCAGUGGUCGCCGAGUUCUUAGUGGAUAAACUGAAAGCCAACGUGAAUUUGAGAACUAAGGAUGGCAGUACACUGAUGCACAUAGCAGCUCAAGCAGGACAUCCUGAUACUGCGUUGGUGUUUCUCAAAAAGGGCGUGCCCCUCCACAUGCCCAACAAGGACGGUGCUGUUUGCCUUCACGCGGCAGCGAGGAAAGGUCAUGUGGCAGUCGUCAGGGCUUUGUUGUCAAAGGGCGCCUCAGUGGACACCAAAACCAAAGAUCAGUACACGGCUUUACACAUCGCGGUGAAGUAUUGCAAACCACAGGUUGUUCAAGUCUUACUGGGAUAUGGCGCCAAUGUCCAGCACAGAGGGGGCAAGGCCGAAGAGACACCGUUGCACAUUGCAGCACGGACCAAGGAUGGCGAAAAAGUAGCAGAGAUGCUGACCAAGAGUGGAGCAGAUGUCAAUGCACCGAGUGACAAUGGAGAGACAGCGGUGCAUGUGGCCGCAAGAUUUGGAAACUUGAAAAUAUUAAAGCUGCUCAUCAACGAAAAAGCUGAUGCUGCGAGGAGAGCGAAGAAUGGCGAAUCUGCCCUCCAUCACGCCAUCCGGGCAGGACACUACUUAGUGCUAGAAGAAUUGAUUCGAGUCUUAUUCCAAAUGAAGUCUAAAGCUGUAGCAAGACUUGUCAUCAAUAUGCCAACUGAUAAAGGUGAGACUCCUCUGCAUUACGCUGCCAAGUUAUCCAAACUGAAAGUCAAAGGGAAUGCUGACAUAGAUAUCGUCAAAUUGCUUCUUGAACACGGUGCCGAUUGCACAGCAGUCACGCAUCAGUCCAUGGAGACUCCAAUCCACGAGUGCGCACGCUCAGGGAACAACGACAUCUUGAUAGCUUUAUUAAAGUCCAUUCCCCCUUCCAAGCUUCAAGUCACGGUCAACAAACGAUCGUCAAGUGGUUCUUCGCCUCUGCUUGUUGCUUCAUACAAAGGAAACGCGGAAAUUGUGCGUACGUUGCUGAAGUACCAUGCAAGAGUAGAUGUCUUUGAUGAGUCUGGGCGAGCUGCUUUACACAUCUGCGCAGAACGCGGUCAUCUUGAGGUGGCGAAAGAAUUGCUGGAGCACAAAGCUUAUGUGAAUGCGAAAAGCAAGGUGGGGCUCACUCCACUUCAUCUGGCGGCAGAGAGCGGCCACAAAGAGUUAGUCGGACUUCUGGUCGCUAGCUAUAAAGCUAGUGUGGAUGCUUUGACGCUGGAAAAGAAGACAGCUCUUCAUUUAGCCGCAGAGAAGGGCCGAUUACAAGUCUGUGAACACCUUUUGGAGUUAAGAGCCGACAUAAGCGCGCUGGACAACAAAGGUCAAACGCCUCUUCACUACGCCGCACAAAAUGAUCAUUCACAAGUAGUAACGCUGUUUCUAACUCACAAACCUGGAGUCAUGAUGCAACAGAACGCGGAGGGCAGCACGUGUGUUCAUAUUGCAGCAAUGAAAGGCAGUGUGUCUGUGAUGAAGGAGCUAUUGAAAUUUAACCCUUCAGGAAUCACAACAGCCAGAAACAAGGGAAAGUUUUCUACGCCCUUGUUGCUUGCAGCCAGCGGUGGUCAUAAAGUUGUUGUGGAAGUGUUGAUAGCUCAUGGAGCUUCGGCAAGUGAUGAAGAUGCGGAAGGGAUGACAGUUCUUCAUCUCGCAGCAAGGUUUGGACACGUGGACGUCUUAGAGGUUUUGCGCGGAAAGGUUCCUUGGAGCAUGGCAAGCGUUAAGACCGGCCUGUCCGCCCUUCACGUGGCUGCUCAGUAUGGUCAGAUUGAAGUAGUCAGAGAAAUGCUGCUGAAAGUUUCCGGAACCAUCAAAAGCGAGUCUCCUGCAAUGAUGAACAAUGGUGACAAAGGACCGGCUCCAUUCCUCUUCACUUGGCUGCCGAGAAUGGCCACUCUGAGGUUGUCAGUAUUCUCUUAAGUAAGUCAACACUACAGCUUCACGUUAAGGAUAAACUUGGCCGAACAGCCAUGCAUCUGGCUGCCGCCAAUGGACAUCGGGAACUGAUCUCUCAGCUUAUUGGACAAGGAGCCGAUAUCAACGCGCCGGAUGAGAAUGGUUACGCGCCAAUGCAUAUGGCAGCUGAGGCUGGCCACGUUGAAGUUGUCAAACUUCUGGUGGAGUCUGGAGCGUCACCAAGAGUGGAAUCUCAGGAUGGCAAAUUCCCCAUUUGUUACGCUGCCAUGCACGGUCACCUGACUGUUGUGAAGUUUUUGCUACAAGAGGAACUCAGCACUGAGACGUUGCUUGGAGACCGAAAGUUCUUGUUUGAUUUGAUGGUCUGUUCAAACCUGGACGAAAACGAAUCAGUCAUAGACUUCAUCCUGCAGUGCCCAGCCCCUAUUUACGCCGCAGCUAAACUCUCAAAGCAUUACCGUAACGAGUCCACGAGGGAAAAAGAGCGCGGGCGCGAUCUGUUGGCGGCGGGAGAUGUCUGUGAGAACAUUGCGUCCGAAUUGCUUUCUCUCGCAUGCGCAGAUAGCGCCGAGAUACUGCUGACCGCUGUUGACGACCGGGAAGUACCAUUCUUGGAUUACCUCAUCGAAUGUGACCAAAAGAAAUGCGUGUCGCACCCAUCGGUUCAGGUUUACUUGGGCGACGUUUGGCGCGGAGAUUUUCAAUGGGAUGAUUGGAAGUAUUUCUUAUUGUUUACGCUAUGCCUGAUUUGUCCACCGCUUUGGGCAUUUCUUUGCAUUCCCUGGAAAGACAGUUAUCAUAAAAUACCGAUUAUCAAGUUUAUUUGUCAUUUGAUCUCGCAUUUCUACCUUAUUGUACUAUUUUGUUUCACUGUUGUGGUACCAUGGACAGAUUUAACUGGAAAGACAUUACUACCUAGUUGGUAUGAAUGGCUCUUACUGAUCUGGCUGUCAGGAUUAUUUUUAUCCCAGCUCACGGAUCCCCACGAUCGCGCUGGACUGGGUUGGAUACCCAUCAUUGUGCUCUUUUUGAGUUUAAUUGGCAUUUUUGUGCAUUUAGCGGCGUUCGGGAUCCAUGACGACUACAAAGUUGACGUAAUAUACGCUCGAAACCAGUUCUUUGCAAUAUCCAUGAUGCUUUGCUUUGCACAACUCCUGGACUUCCUCUCGUUUCAUCAUUUGUUCGGUCCGUGGGGGGUAAUCAUCCGGGAUCUCAUGUACGACCUGGUGCGUUUUCUUGUCAUUUUAUUGAUCUUCAUGGUGGGAUUUACCGCGCACUUAGCGGCCGUCUAUCGGUCUAAACAACCCAAUGGAACCGCACUUGGACUACAGGACACGUCAAAAAGUUUUCUCCGGUGUUUCGAGCUACUUUUCUUCAGUUUGUUUGGAUUGACAGAGGUCAGCAAACUGACGGAAAACGUCCAGGAGACCCACGUGCAUGUGUUGGCAAGAGCGACAUUCGGAAUCUACAACUUGAUUACAAUCAUCGUUCUCAUCAAUCUGCUCAUAGCUAUGAUGAGCGACACUUACCAAAGAAUUCAAAUGCAGUCUGAUAUCGAGUGGAAAUUCGGCCGCGCUAAACUGAUCCGCAACAUGAAGCGGUCUACGACCACGCCUUCCCCACUGAAUCUUGUUACAAAACUCUUCUCUUACAUCCGUGUACUUUACAAAGCAAAAUUCAAAUGUUGCCGAGCCGACAUUAUUGAUAUUCUCCGCACCGACGAACAGCUUCCCGAAAGUAAUUCAAUGAACCCGUUAUACGAAACUUCCACCUCGUGGCCUCCAAAUGGAAGUAUUAAUCAUCGCGGAAGCACGUACAGAACUGCUAGAAUCGAGGAUGUCAUAGACUGGAAAGUCUUAGUGAAAAAGUUUAUAUCUCUGCGGGGAAAUACCAGCGACCUCGCGGGCGGUGGCCAGGUCAAUCGCGAUAAGUUAGCUUCGCCACGUGAGUCGCACGUGAACAUGAGAGCGAGAACCGAGUCUGGACAGGGUCGGCGACCUGGCACUGGAAUGGGUUCCACGCUGUCUCUCCAUCGAGUUGUCGCUGCUACAGUGAGAAAAAUUGACAUCGUGUCAAACAUUAAGGAUGCCAGUGAAGUGUGAAGUGUGAAGUGUGAAGUGAAGUGAAGUG